CAGCAGUGUUAAAAACGUGUUGUGUUGAUUAUUGCUAAAAUUUCGUUAUUUUACGUUGAAAUUUACGGAGCGAAAUGUCCAUCCAGCUGGGCAAGUUGUGCUCCUGCAUAGUGCAGCAGCACUUUGGCGAGGUGGUUCGAAUGGUAGCGGACGACCUGUUCUCCGCCGUGGCAAAGACCUUGCCGAUGAUCAUCAAAAGCACCGGGCUAACCAAGUCCGAGGUCUGCAAAGCGCUGGCCAUUCUGAUGAAAUUCGGUCUAGCACGCUACCAACCCAACAAGGCCGGUACGGGCACGGAGUACAUUCUGGACUACGAGAAGGUGCUGAUGGUGCUGCGGUAUCCUCGCUAUUGGCAUCUGAUGCAAACCAAGUACGGACAGGAAUCGGCCACCUUAACCGAGGAACUGCUGCGAGCCGGAUGCCAAACGGCGUCCUACGUCAUCCUAAAGGCUACGGCCAUAGCCGACGUGAAGGACAAGAACACCAUUACCAAGUUCCGGGAGAAGUUUACCGAUUUGGUUGCGAAAAACUACUUCAUUAGAGCACCGGAACCGAAACCGCUCGACACGGGCAGCGAAGUGGUGAUGCUGGACUACGACAGUCCGAAUCUCUUUCAGAUGCCAGAAUUAGAUCUUCGGAUGCUGCUGGACCUCCAGGAAGGCAAAACCACCAAAGCACCCGACGAAGGCAUUCACUGGCUCGUAAAUCUUGAAAAGUUCCACCUGGAUUUCCGCGAUACGAUCAUGACCAGCGCCAUCGAACGACUGAUCGAUACCACUGCGGGAGAAUGCCUCCAGUAUCUCCUUCAGCUAAUGUACACCCGAACCAAACCGUGGGAAAUGGUCUCCAACCCCAUUCCAAUGGUAGAACUAAAGCAACUCUGCGAGAAAAAGUCCAACAAUCUGGAGAUGAUCAAAUUCCUAGACCAGUACGUUGCCGUUAUCGAGUCGGUCAACUUUGUCAGCAAAUUCGGUGACACCGGUGGCGGUCAGUACACGCUCAAUAUGAAGAAAAUUUUCGAACAACUCACGUGGAGUUGCAUCGAAAACGUCAUCACCGAAAAGUACGGCUCGAAGGCGGCCCGAAUCUUUCGGGUGACCCGGCUGAAGAAGUACAUCGAACAGGAAGACAUCCAAAAGGAAGCGAUGAUUCCGGCCAAGGAAGCGAAGCAACUCACCUACAAGCUGCUGGAGGAGAACUUCCUCCAGAUUCAGACAUUCCGCAAGGCGGGCGGAGGAAACGCCGGGGCACCCAAGUCGUUCUUUUUGUUCUACGUAAAUCAAACGCAAAUUGUUGCGAUGUUGUUGGAGAUUUGCUACAAAUCGUUGUAUAAUUCCAUUACACGAUCGACGCACGACAAGACGGUCAACAAGCGGUUGAUCGAGAAAAGCCAACGGUUGGAAAGCAUUGUGGAAGCGAUGAAGGACCGUGGCGAAUCGGCGGACUACAUUGCGGAGAUACAGGAAACGUUGACACCGCCGGAGAAGGAGAUUCUGCAGAAGGUGAAAAUUCGGGUGAAGAGUUUGUACAGCGCGGAAAUUGGGAUCGAUGAGACGAUUUUCCUGUUGAAACUGUACCAGCAGUAUCAGAGGAAGUAGUAAAUUCGAAUGCGGAAUCCAAAGUGGGAGGACGUUUAUUUUAUCCG